GCCGCGGGCGGAGCAGAGCCGGGGCUGGCGGGGGCAGCGCGGCGCGGGCGGCGGAGCGGCGGGAUGCGGCAGGGCCGGGCCGCAGGGCUGGCGGGGCUGGCCGCGGUGCUCCUGGUGGCUGCAGGCAGAGCCCAGGUGCAGCAGGAGCCACGGGCAGAGACCAGAGAUGGCACCGGCAUCAACAUCACCUGCUCACACCCCAACAUCCAGUCAAACGACUACAUCUAUUGGUACCGUCAUCUCCCGGGCCGAGGCCCCGCAUUCCUCGUGUGGGCUUUAACUGGGUCCCAAGAUGUGACGGACCCGGCAGGGCAGCUAUCGGUGGCAGCAGACCGCCGGUCCAGCGCCCUGUGGCUCGCCCAGCCCCGGCUUCGGGACGCGGCGGUGUAUUACUGCGCCCUGAGAGCCACGGGGAGAGGAGCCGGGGCUGCGGCCGGGCAGGAACCGUGGCGGGCGGGGCCGGGCGUGUGUGGCGGGGGCGAGGCAGGGGCACAGCCCCCAGGGAGCGCUGCCGCUCCGCCCGCCGGGACCACCUCGCCCCGCAGCCCCGGGGGGGCACGCGCCAGCCCGGCCCCUCCAAGGCACUUCAGUUCUGCUGAAAGGGUCUGGAGCCUGGGUGCACCUGAACGGAGAUGGCACCAGCCUGGCAGAGACGUGUCCAGGGAAGAGGCACUGAAACACAGCUCCUUUCUCCUGAGCCCUCCUUUUCCUCACGCUGCAACAAUCACCCUCUGGUACUGCAGAAUUCAGGCCUCAGCAAGGACCGUAUCAGGACAGUUUGGGUCCUUGGUUUAAUUCAGGGUAACAGUGUUAGGAGUGCCUCAGCGUGGCUGUCCAUCGACCACCUUGGGAUGUAUAGGAGAAGCAGACUGCUGUGAGGCUCCUGCUAGUGCCUGUCAGUGAGGGAUUUCCACCCCUGGACACUGCCAGGUCCUCCUGGGAGUCAGUGCUGGAGCCAGGCCCAUCUCCUCACACCUGUCUAUAAAGGCCUGCCAGCAUUGUCUCAGAAAUGAAUCGCAGAGGGGACAGAUUCCCAUCCAGCCCACGUCAGGCUGGUUCUCCUGAAGGCAAAGGGGCGGCUGUUGCUCCUCCAUGUAUGGGAUUUCACAGCAAAGGGGUUUGCUCAGCUUAGUGGGUGUCUCAUUGUCCUGGUUUCAGGUAGGACAGAGUUAAUUUUCCUCCUAGUAGCUGGCAGGGUGCUAUGUUUUGGAUUAGAAUGAGAAGAGUGCUGAUAACAUGCUGAUGUUUUAAUUGUUGUAGAGCAGUGCUUACACCAAGCCAAGGACUUUUCAGCUUCUCGCUCUGUCCUGCUAGCGAGCAGGCUAGGGAUGCAGCAGGAGCUGGGAGGGGACAGACACAGGACAGCUGACCCAAACUGGCCAAAGGGGUAUUCCAUACCAUCUGACGUCAUGCUGAACAAUAUAUAUAGGGGUGGCUAGCCGGGGUGGGGGGCCAGCUGCUCGGGGAUAGGCUGGGCAUCUGUCAACGGGUGGUGAGCAAUUACAUUGUGCAUCACUUAUUUCGUACACGUU